UUUUAAAUGAUUAAAUUAAAUCCUAAGCUAACCCCUCUCGUCACACUAAACAAAACGCCCUCAGAACCAGAAGUCUUCAGUUGCUUUCCACGCCGCGCGUAGCUGCGCAUGCGUGUGCGUAUGAUUCGGAAGAUCGUUCCAAUCCCUCCUAUAUAAAAAGGCGUAACCCAGAACCCAGAAGAUGUGUUCUACUGUUGUUGGAGUUGGAAUUGGAAUUGGAAUUUCUUGAUCUUCUUUAAUUCUUUCGCUUUCUCUUUGUUCACUUUCUUUAGUUUAAUCCUCUUGUUAAGGAAGCAUAAAGGAUUUUAGGAUCGAUCGAGGGGGACGAGAAACUCGGGGAGUUGGUUUCGAUGGCGCUCAGCACGGCCUUCAGUGCGCUCCCGACCUCGCCGGCCGACGUGCGGGUCGUCACCGCCGACGGGAGCGGCAUCCGCGCGCACUCGUCUGUUCUUGCCUCGGCGUCGCCGGUGCUGGAGCGGAUGAUCGAGCAGGCGCCGCGCGGCGGCGUCGUCCCGAUCGCCGGCGCCUCCACCGGCGCCGUCGUCGUCUUCCUCCGCUUCCUCUACGCCGCAUCCGUCAGGGGGGCGGCGGCGGCGGCGGCGGCGGCGGAGUGGGAGGAGGCGGCGCUGGCGGAGCACGGGGCGGCGCUGAUGGCGCUGGCGCACGCGUACCGUGUGGCGGGCCCGCUGAAGCGGCGCGCGGAGGAGGCGGUGGCGGCGCGGGUGGCGGCCGAGGGCGCGGUGGACGCGAUGAAGCUGGCGGCGCUCUGCGACGCGCCGCGCCUGUACCUGUGGUGCGCGCGGCUCGCCGGCAGGGAGCUCGCGGCGGUCCGGGAGUCCGAGGGCUGGCGCUUCGCCGCGCGCCACGACGCCGCGCUCCGGGCCGACCUGCUCCAGCUGAUCCGCGACGCCGACCAGAGGAAGGAGAGGUGGGGGAGGGAGCGGGGCUCCCAGGGCGUGUACCUGCAGCUCAGCGACGCCAUGGCCGCCCUGGAGCGCGUCUUCGCCCGCGCCGCCCACGGAUCGCCACCGCCGCUGCCGCCGCCGCGCACCGGCCAGUGCUGCAGGAUGGCCUCCCCCUGCGCGCACCGGCGGGGCCUCCUGCAGCUCGCGAGGCACUUCUUCGCCGGCUGCGGCAGGAGAGUCGCCGGAGGCUGCACGCCCUGCCGGCGCUUCUUCCUGCUCCUCCGGCUACACUCCUCCGUCUGCGACAAGUCCGACGACGAUUCUUGCGGAGUUCCCCUUUGCAGCAACUUCAAGACUAACAUGGAAAAAGGGAAAGUGGACAAGACAUGGAAGCUCCUUGUGAAGAAGGUGAUGAGAGCUAGGGUGAUGUCUGCAUGGGCCAAGAGGCCGGUGCCAGCGCCGGAGAUAGUGCAGAAGUCAUGGGCAAAGUACAACAGCAGCAGUAGGAGUAGAGCAGCCAGAUUCAGAUAGAUAGAAGGAAAAAAAAAAUACAGAUUUGAUACAAGUUCAGGAAGGCAAAGCAUAGUUUUUUUUUUUUUUGGGUAUAAGCUUCUUUCAGGAAAAAAGGAUUUAGCAGUCUGGGAGGACAUUCUUUUGUUGUAUUGCUCCUGCAAAUUUUUGAGAGGAGGAAAUGCUGAAAUUUUGCAACCUGCAAACCGCAAUCAAAUUGUGUGGCCAGUUCUUU